AUGCCACUUACUCUACCCUGUGAUGCGUGCUCGUUUAGACGAGUGAAAUGCGAUGGAAAGAAUCCGUGUAGCACCUGUCUGCGUCGUGAGCAGUCGUGCACCUAUCUCAAGGUCCGAAAACGACGAGGUCCGAAAGGCCCCCGCAGGUCAACGAACGCCAGAGUUCAGGCCAUGCAGAAGAAUCUCGGGAUCGAGAAGAGCUGCUCCAUGCGAGAAUGCUCUCUACCAGCCUCCGACGAUACGCCCACGUCGCCGGAGUCGAGCGAUGUUCUCCUGCCCUUCCCUGUCCGACGACGCAUCCCAUUGUCUACUUACUACACCUACAUCGAUAUUUUCCGCAGUCAACUUUACACAGUGUGGCCUAUCGUCUCAACUAACGCGUUAAAGGCCCAGUUGAGAGAUAUCGAGAACACCGAGUCAUAUGCCCUGGCGGCGGCUCUCUGUGCGGCCACUCUGGCCCAGCUGCGUCUGCCAGGACAUAGUCAAGCGCAGGAACAGUCCACCGUUACCUCGAGCGACUUUGUACGCGAGUGCAUUCGGCUUCGGACUGACUAUGACCAUCAAAGCAGUCCUAGCCUGGAGUCUCUUCUAAUGUCUUUGUUUUUGCACAUGUACUACGCCAAUGUAGACCAGAUCGCCCUCGCCACGUUUGCGCUGCGAGAUGCCAUUACGCACGCACAUCUCCUUAACCUUGGGAAUGGACAGCUGUUCGAGGAUUGUCAUGUCGAGGAGAGACAGCUCAGGCUUCGUGUCUACUGGAUUCUCUUGGUCACAGAACGUACCUUUUGCAUGCAGCAUGACCUCCCUAUGACGCUACAGACGAUAGAAGAAUUACCCGUACCAGUCGACGAUGGCGAUUCCGAUCCAGCGUUACUGACUGGUUUUUGCAGUCUUGUCCGACUCUUCACACGGAUUGACGGGCCCCUGAUCCAAGCAGUGCACAUAUCAUCUCCACAUCCAACGUAUUCACGGGCCAGGAUCGCAGAUAUUCAAGAGGCCCUUCAAACCGGAGCCACCAAGGACCCCAGUAUUGAUGAGGUCCAGCGUGUGGACAUCUGGAUAACCUUAGCAUGGCUAAGUUCUUUGCUUUGGCAGUACUCGGCCUCACAUUUCAUGCUCACAUCCGCGUCUUCCAACGAGUUUUUUGCCCCGAGUUAUCCCUUUACUGUUGCGAAGAGCUUUCUUUCGUUGGUAUGCGGCGCGUCGUUAGACUCAGUUCGGCCUCAUGGAUAUGGAAUGGAAAUCAAGCUGUUUCAACUGGCAAAUUCGUUAUUAGAUGUCCUUAUAUAUGUUCCUUCUUUAUCCACGCCAUAUGAUGGCUCUGACUGGGGUCCCCACCAUGCAGUAGUAGCAUUGGAGCACUUACUGGAUGCCGUCGCUGGAGCGAAGUCUGAAAGGCUGGAUAGGCUGCAUACUCGCAUGGCAGAGAUCGAUUUUACACCGACUCCAAGGAGACCUUUAUCGGAGAGUGAAUGCGAUGAGGGCUUCCAAGAUCUCGAAGAAUCGUUUGCUGUUUACGAAAUACAAGGCGCCCACGAAGCGAACGAUGAGGCUUCGAGGUAUAAACCAGACCAUGACUGUGCUGGAGAUGAAAUGAGAGAGGGUAUCUUGCAAAUGACCGAAAGAGAUGUUGAGUUUUCUGCCCUUUUCCCUGAGGUUGGCAUUGGUAUUGUAUCCCUUCUUCCAUGGUCCGGGGUUGGUGACCUUCAGGAUCUUGGACAGGAAGAGAUUUCUUAUGGAUUUCCCGCUGAUAUCUUUGCCCUGGAGUCUCAUAUACCCACAAUUCCAGCCCAUCCAGCGGAGUUUUCAUCCGCUGCGUUCGAAAUUUGA